AUGACAACGAAAUUAAAUCCGGGUAAAGAAGUUAAAAUAGCAACAGUCAAUUCCGAAUAUUCCGCACCUGAAGUUUUAAGUGGACAAAAAAUUGGGUUUAAUACAGACAUGUGGAAUAUUGGAAUUCUUACUAAAGUUCUCCUUUCUGGAAUCACUAGUUUUGAUGGAAAUAUUUUGAAUGAAAUAAACAAAAAACCAGAAUUUGAAAAUAUAUCAGAAGAAGCUAGAGAUUUUAUUAGAAGAUUACUUGUUGAGGAUAAACAAUAUAGAAUGAAUAUACACGAAGCUUUGAAUCAUCCUUGGCUUAUACAGAGAAGAGAUAAAAAUAAUAUGAAUGAAAACAGUAGUAUUAUUCCUUCAGAGAGAUACUACAAAUCUCGAGAAUUUGUUCGAAGAAAAUAUGAUGCCUGGCCCGAACCUCGACUUUCCCUUGGUCGUAUAUCACAAUUUAGCUCUCUAUCUAAACUUCAUUCUGAUCGGUACAAAAUACGUGAAACUCUUUUUGACCAAAAUGAUGGACCUCCUCGUUUUAUCAUUCGACCGAGACCAACACAAGCAAAUGAGGGAAUGAAUGCUUCUUUCUUUUACAAAAUACUUUCGCCUGUUCCAAUGCGUAUAAGCUGGUGGAAAAAUGAAAAGGAAAUAAAAAUAUCUGAGGGUUCUUUUGGCAAAUAUCGUCAACAAAGGAAUGGAAAUGAUAGGGCAAUGACAAUAACUGAAGUAAAAAGUGAAGAUCAAGGAGAUUAUUUGGUUAGGGCAGAGAAUGAAUUUGGCAAGAGAGAAUGUAGUGCAAUGCUAAUUGUAGUAUUGAAGGAUGGAAAAAGAAAAGAAAUCCUCCCACAACAAAUACCUACAAUUCGACAACCAAUUAUUCAAGAAGCAUCUACUACAUCAAUUGUUGAAAAAGGCCCUCCUGAUUUCAGUUUUUUACUUCGACCUCGCCUUAUCCAAAAGAACCACACUUGUAAAUUAAUUUGUACAGUUACAUCAGACCCUCCACCAAAAAUUAAAUGGGUAAAAGAUGGAAAACCUGUAGAUGAUCAACGAGCACAAGCACUUUUUAAGAGUGGAGUUGCUUCUUUAGAAGAUGCCGGUAUCUACACUUGCAUAGCAACAAAUGAAUUUGGAAGCGAUGAAACUUCGGCUUCAAUAACAGUUCAGACAAGGCAUUCGACUAGUUCAACACAACAAACUAGUAAUUCUUUAGACGGGGCUUCAUCUUUUUUAAUGGCUGGAUUGGUAGGAGAAAGAAAAAAUAAAUUACAAAAGAAAGGAAAUUGA